ACUAAAAAUUGGACAGGAGUGACAAGGUCUCCGUAUUUUUGGUUUCAUUUUUUUCUGUCUUUCCUGACCAAGGGGGUGACAUUGCCGGGGGGGUCUCGACUCCUUGUUUCUCCCAAUGAGUCGAUGCCCUUGUUCCCGUUUCCACUGUCAUGUCCACCCACGUCAAAGAUCCCUGAGCCGAGACAAGCUUAUUUUGCAACUCUACACGAUGGCACCCUGGCACGACGGCACAGUUCACUGUAAAUUCUGUCAAUCUUGUUACCAAGAGAGCAUUUCGGGGUUGGAAUGACAGGUGAUGCCCUGGUAGGGUUCCCGGUCGUGCGGCCCGCCCAUGAGGAUUGUCAAUUUCGUACCUGGGCCCGAAAGGAUACUCCAGAGUCCACGGGCCGCCUUGACUCCGUGUCCCCGUUCGCAAUGCAUUUCCCAUAAAAGCGUACCUCGCCGUUUUCUGCGGCUCUGCUCAGACUUUCUUGAUCUCAUCAUCGUCCCAAAGUCUUCGACACUCAUUCGUCUUUUAUACUUCUUACUCUAUUCUUCUUGUUGCUGGUUGCAUCAUGAGUGCCGGUCACUCGUUUCUCUUCUCCUCAAGAUCAUUAGAUAAUACAGACAGACGCCAUCCAAAACACCUUUACUCGCCGAUAUUUGAGCUUGAUUAGCUUCGACUAGGAACAAUAUUCACAAGAGAAUAUAUAUACAAAAAAAAGACAAAAUGUUCGCCAAGCUCGCCAUUGUCUCUGCGCUCGUCGCGACCGUCCUCGCGCACGGCAACAUCACCGUGCCCCCUUGUCGUCUCGCAGGUGCGGCCAUGGCCAAGGCUUGUGGUCAGGCGGGUGUGUCCGCUGUCCAAGCCGAUGGCACCAUCCCUCUCGAGGAUGUGAAGGUCACUGGCGCAAACUGCAACCUCUCACUCUGCCGUGGUGCCGUGUUCGAGGACAACAAGGACCGUUUGCAGACCUUCAAGGCCGGCCAGGUGAUCCAGAUGAAGGCUGCUAUCCCCAUCCCCCACGAGGGACCCUGCAACGUCUCCAUUAUCGACACAAAGUCCAACAAGGCCAUCGGCCAGCCCCUCAUCUUCUUUGACAGCUACGCCGACGAGAAGCUCCCCAAGCUCCCGGCCAACAACACCGCCUUCUCCGUCACCAUGCCCAAGCUCAAGGCCAACCAGUGCACCACCGGCGGCGAGUGCGUCCUGCAGUGGCAUUGGGUCGGCACCGCCGCCAAGCAGACCUACCAGAGCUGUGUUGACUUUGUCCAGGGAUAAACGGCAAACAAUGGGGAAUGUAUUUUUUUGGGGGGUCUUGGCAUCGGGGUUAUUGAUUGAUUCUUGAUAUCACUUGUUCUGGUCUGGGUUUUCUGCGGAACCUGCGGUUAAUAGAUUUGUAGAAAGCAGAGCUUAAACGCAAGGAAUUCAGAC